CAUAAAAAAAGAAGAAGAAGAAUAAAAAAACAAAAGAAGAAGAAGAAGAGUUCUAACGUUGACGACAGUACGUGGAGGGUCCAGGAUGGGGCGGUCCUCCAAAGACAAGCGGGACAUAUACUACCGUCUGGCUAAGGAAGAGGGCUGGAGGGCCAGGAGCGCUUUCAAGCUGCUGCAGCUGGACCACCAGUUCAACCUGUUUUCAGGUGUGAACCGAGCCGUGGAUCUGUGUGCAGCACCAGGCAGCUGGAGUCAGGCUCUCAGUCGCAAACUCAGAGACAGAGAGGAGGAGGUGAAGAUUGUUGCAGUGGACCUGCAGGCCAUGGCUCCUCUUCCAGGAGUCACUCAGAUACAGGGAGACAUCACUAAGGUGUCCACAGCUCAAGAGAUAAUCCGUCACUUCGAGGGGCAGCCAGCCAACCUGGUGGUGUGUGAUGGAGCUCCAGAUGUAACUGGACUCCAUGAUGUGGAUGAGUAUAUCCAGGCUCAGCUCCUAUUAGCUGCUCUGAACAUCACCACUCACGUCCUGACACCUGGAGGAACUUUUGUAGCAAAGAUCUUUAGAGGUAAAGAUGUAACUCUACUUUACUCUCAGCUGAAGAUCUUCUUCAGCAGUGUGACUUGUGCCAAGCCUCGCAGCAGUAGAAACUCCAGCAUUGAGGCCUUCGUGGUUUGCCAGAAUUAUUCUCCCCCAGAGGGUUAUAUCCCCAACAUGUCCAACCCUCUGCUGGACCAGUCAUAUGAUGUGGACUUCAACCAGCUGGAAGGACCAAACCGUGUCAUUGUUCCCUUCCUAGCAUGUGGAGACCUUAGCGCCUUUGAUUCGGACAGAACCUAUCCCCUACAGCUUGAUGCUAGUAAAGAGUAUGAGUACAUUCCCCCCACGCAGCCACCUAUCCGGCCUCCAUAUGAGCAGGCUUGCCACUUUCGCAAACACAACUUGCUGUCCAGAGAGGAUGCUCCUCCCGUCAGUUCCACCCAGAGCCGAGAAGAACAGGAACCAUAAGCCAAGACCUCAUGACCUUUAAGUAGUGCUAGUGGGAAAAGGCCCUGGACAUCCUGCAGAUCAUAAUCUGUUAAGUCUUCCUGGUUCCCCAAGCAGUAGGAUGUGUUUUAAUGAGUUGACAUCUGAAAAAUAAAGGCUAUUUAUAAUAAUGA